UGGCAGGUGGAACAACGGGCUGUUAUUUUGGAUAACAGCCAGGAAGGAGAAUAAUAAAAAAAAAUGUGAUGAAGCGUUAUUGUAUGCUCGAGCUAAUUAAAGCACUUUGACGAAUGGGAUCCCUUUGGGCAGGGUAAGAUUUAGGCAGGAACGCACAUCUUGCUUUGUGCGCCAGUGCGCUUUGCCAAAGGGAUCGCGCGCAGAGACGCACGGAGAGAGGGAGAGACGGAGAGAACAAACCUCCUCUGGGCGCCUCAUUACUAAUUUGCCGUCCACUUCGCGUGCGCUCCUGUGCACCUGCUUUUGGAAAUCUUGCUCUCCGCGCGCAACGAUCUCACCUGAAUUCUUUCAGAGAUGGCCUUUCCUUCCUCCUACUACGCUUUGGGUGAUUUUAACGACUCGGUCUCAGCAACUCCUUUCAAUGUUACCGAGGAUCCGCUGCGCGUGCUUUCAAACGUCAAAGAGAGCAACACGGCUGCAGCCAGGGACACUACGAGUCUCAUCAUCGCCGUUUGUAUCACGGCUCUCUACUCUCUCAUCUGUGUGGUGGGACUGCUCGGAAACGUGCUUGUCAUGUAUGGAGUGGUCAGGUACACCAAGAUGAAGACGGCCACCAACAUCUACAUAUUUAACCUGGCUCUCGCCGACGCACUCGCCACUAGCACCCUCCCCUUCCAGAGCGCCAAGUACCUGAUGAACACGUGGCCCUUUGGAGAGGUGUUGUGUAAAGUGGUCAUCGCCAUCGACUACUACAACAUGUUCACCAGCAUCUUCACGCUCACCAUGAUGAGUGUGGACCGCUACAUCGCCGUCUGUCAUCCGGUGAGGGCCCUGGACUUCCGCACACCUGCCAAAGCAAAGCUCAUCAACGUGGGCAUCUGGAUCCUCUCCUCUGCUGUCGGAGUCCCUGUGACGAUCAUAGCUGUUACCAAGGUUACAGAUAAAGGAAACAUCAGUUGUGAACUCAGAUUCCCCAAACCUGAGUGGUACUGGGACACGGUGAUGAAAAUCUGCGUUUUCAUCUUCGCCUUCGUCGUUCCCGUCCUGGUCAUCACCAUCUGCUACGGUCUGAUGAUCCUGCGGCUUAAGAGUGUCCGACUGCUCUCUGGCUCCAAAGAGAAGGACAGGAACCUGCGCAGGAUCACCCGCAUGGUCCUGGUGGUCGUGGCAGCCUUCAUCAUCUGUUGGACUCCCAUCCACAUCUUCAUCAUCGUCAAGACCAUGGUGGACAUCAACCGCAAGAACCUCCUGGUGAUGGCCUGCUGGCAUCUGUGCAUUGCGCUGGGCUACACCAACAGCAGUCUCAACCCUGUGCUGUACGCCUUCUUGGAUGAGAACUUCAAAAGGUGCUUCAGGGAUUUCUGCCUGCCCUAUCGCUCCCGCCUGGAUCAGAACAGCUUCUCCAGGGCACGCAAUACCACGAGGGAGCCCAUGUCUGUUUGUGCUCCUGUGACGACACAGAGACCGCCGGCCUGACUAGGCAUGGAUCAGCAGGGAGGAAGAACACUUCAGGACGACCUCCAGACUGAGGUCACACAGUUCUCCACCACAGGAGUGUGAGUCCGCAGGUGGAGGCUUAUGACCUCCCAUUUAUUUAAAUCAUUGAUUUACGAUCUCAUAUAAUGAAACCCCUGUGUCUCAGGAGGUUUGUGAGACACGGCUCUUCAAGAUGAUUGCAAACAUGCCUGUGUGUGCCUGUGCAUAAGGAGAUGGAUACAAAUGUACAUGCUUGGAGUGUGUAUGAAGCACAUGCAUAAUGCACCCAUAUGAACAAGGUCAGUGUUAAAGGGACAGUUCGCCCCAAAGUCAAAAACACAUAUUUUUCCUCUUACCUACAGUCUUAUUUAUUAAUCUAGAUUGUUUUGGUGUGAGUUGACGAGUGUUGGAGAUAACAGCCAUAGAGAUGUCUGCCUUCUCUUGAAUAUAAUGGAACUAGAUGGCACUUGGCUUGUGGUGCUCAAGGAUAUACUGAAGAUAAUCCACAGACCUUGUUGUGAGCAGUUUCAUGUAGGAACUAUUUUCCACUGAACUACACCCACUCAACGUAUCACGGUGCAAAAGGAAACGUGAAUCGACUGCUAGCUCACCUAGCACUACUGAGCUAGUGAACGUUACAACUCAGCGAAGGAGGAUGCCAUUAAUGUUUACAUCUCACCAGAGGUGGGUAGAGUAGCCAAAUAUUGUACUGAGUAUUGUUGCUUUAAAAUAAUAUAACUCAAGUAAAAGUAAAAAGUAUUUUGCAUCAAAACUACUCUGAAAAGUACAAUUUAUCCAAAAAGUUACUCAAGUAAAUGUAACUGAGUAAAUGUAACUAGUUACUACCCACCUCUGCAUCUCACACUUUCAUGAGCCUCUUGUCCAUGAGUAGAUGCACUCUUCCUUCUUUGCAGUGAUACAGUUGGCAGGUGUAUCUCAGUAGAAAGAAAAUCAUUCGAACAUGAAAUUGCUCACAACAAGGUCUGUGGAUUAGGUGGAUAUAUUUACAGCUGACACCUUCAACACUCUGCAACUCACACAAAAAAAUCUAGAAUAACAAAAAGCACUACAGGUAAGAGGAAACAUAUGUGUAUGAUAUUGGGGUGAACUGUCCCUUUAAGCACACACGGUGUAGUCAAAGCAUUGUGAUAGGGAUGUGUUUUUAUUGCUUUGGCUCUGCACAAUAAAACAAUAGGAGGUUAAAGUACUGACUCUAAGGUAUAAAGGUGUCUGUAGGUCUUCACAUCCAUAUUAGGUGAACAAUGUUGGACUCUGUGUUUACACAGUCCCACAGUGAUCAGAUUGUUAAGCAGGACAUAGAUACUAAACACACAGACAAGGCCACCAGGAGAUGUCUUUUUAUGGCCAAACAGUGGCCGAUGUUUGAUUGGCCUGAGUCGGUCACGUGACCUCAAUCCAACAGAUCAUGUUUUUCACUUGAUGAAGAGCAGACGUACUCUGAAAAUCCCCGGUAGCAGCGAGAAGUGAAGAUGGCUGCAGCACAGCACUGGCAGAGGAUCAACAGGGAAGACACUGUGGAUGUCUGUGGGUCACAGACUUCAUUUGUCUUCAGCUAAAUGUUGCCUGUGAUUACUUUAUUUAGAUUUAUGUAAAAUUACUUUCUAUUCCCUAAAACUGGGGUAGCAUUUGUACAUUUGGUUGAUGUAACACUUUCGAAUUAAACCUACUUUUUCAGCCACUUGUAGGCUGAGGAAACAGCUGUAAACACAACACUGACAUAUUUUUAGGUUGGUUAUUUACACAUUCAGCAGUUUUAAAUUGGGUAUUUGGCUACUUGACAAAUGUAAGCUGAAUAUUAACCUUUCUUUUAGCUCCGUUUUUGUUCUCCACCAACUCCUAAAGGGAAAUAUGUGGUUCUUUAGCUGCUAAAGGCUCCACUGUGUUCACCAGCUAGUUGCUAACUGUGUCUGCCUGCUAUUCAUUGUUGGGAAGGUAAUAUAAAGUCAGUUUUUAGAACUGUUUUGCUGAAAACAAUGCUAUGAGAGCAGUGAGAGUGAAACAGUAAAGUUGCGGCCCUGAAAACCAAAACAAUAAGCUGAAAGAUGCUAUAAUGCCUCAUAAAGCUAAUGGAAAAUGUGGGUUUGUCAUCAUGAUUGACCCCUUUUACAUGACUCAUUUCACCAAUUGUUGGUUAAAAAAUGUUUUUCAUAGAGGCUUUAAAGCUGAAUUUACUUUAAGUUGGGAUUUUAAUGUCAAAGUGUUUAAUUUCACUUCCAAAGGAGUACCGAGCCAAUGCAAUAAAAGAUGUAUCUCCAUCUUUAUGCUGUCUGACUGCACUGUCUGUCUCGACUGCUAAUAGUAUUGUCCUUGUCAGUCUCAUUGGGGAGGCAAUGAGAAUCCAAUAAUGUGAAUGUUUAGCGGAGACUAUAUUUUCCUUGUCUUUGUAAUAUUCAAAUUAAAGGAUGUAUCCAAUUUCAUGCUCGUUGUGAUGGUAAGUGGAGAAAUAAUUACAGAUGACAGCCACAUGCCUAAUCAAGAACAAUUUUAAAGGAGGGUAAACUCAAUGUGGGCACAGCGCCAUGUGUCAGUGUCAUUUUUUCCACUUUAAUCCAUCCGAUCUGAUCGUGACAGAUCCUUGUGAAAGACACCUUUAAUAACAUUAAAAAACACAGCCUUCGUGAUUAAGCAGAAACGACUGACGCUUGCAGCAUAUAUUCACCGUGAACAUCAGUGUUCAGCUGACUCACUGUUUCCACUCCUCUAGCAGUUAGGAUGCUCUGAUUUAUUUUUUUUUCUGCACAACUGAAAAACAUUCAGCUGACGGUAAAUUGAGGAGCUGAAGGGGGAGAGUGGCGCUGCUGUUUCAGCUCAUAGUUGUGACUGAAUGAUCUCAAACUGGCACAGACUCUGAAUCAGAUGAGACACAUUAGCAAGGAACCAGAAACUUCCUACACAUAUUACAGCUAAUGGACAAGUUUCCAGUGAUAAUCUCUGGACACUUACAGGAGAAGAUUAGGGUGGUGAGAAGACAUUUUUGUUUUGCACAUCUUGAGAGAAGAGCUGAUGCGUCUCAUCGUGCCACUGCAGCAGUACAGUCUUAUUUAAAAAAGGCAUCUAUAUAUGAAGUGUAAAGAUAAUGUUUUGUAACAGCAUUUUAAGUGAUAAUGUGAUUCUUUUUUUAAUGUGCUGUCAAGCUGUUGUACCAUUACGCUUCACUUGUAACCAAUUAGUAAAAUCAAAUGUUAUAAAACUAUGUAUUUACACUAAGUGCUACAAAUGUAAGUGAAGCAUUCAAAAUUUUCAAAAAAUAUUUAUUGUUCCUGUCUGGAUUAUCUCUUUUUUUUUUACUGCCAUCACUGUAGGAGGAGCAUUUGUAAAUGUUAUUUUCUGCAGUGUGGUCAACAUGUUCAGCUGAUUGAAAAUAUGUACCGCAUUGCCUUAUUCAGCAUUAUGGUUUUUGCAAAAUGUGAAUUGUUUUGUUGAGAAAAAGUGCUUGAUCUUUAAAUGUUUUUACAUUCUUUCUUCAGCGGCUACAGUAUAUAUAAAGUACCUUAUUGUAUAGGUGUAGUGAUUGCUUUACUUUUGAAAACAUUUAUACAAAUGUCAUAUGAAACAGCAUAAGUUGUAUCUUGUAAGUGCUUUUUUAGUUUGGAAAUGUUGUUGUAAAGAAUUUUCAGUUUUAAUCCAGUAUUUUGCUUUCUGUGGUUGUUAUUGCAGAUGUUGUUAACGUUGGUUGUGAAUGCCAGUGAGGCCUCAUGGGAGUCAGACAUGUGAUGUGUUCGUACAGUCCAGAACAGUUUAUUGAAUGGGGCUGAUGGAGCCCAGGGGCCUUUGACCUGGAAGCCCCUGAAGGUCAGAGGCCACUGGUCAUAAGACACAUCUACAGCAUGUGUGUGUAUGAAAGCACAAUAUAAUGCAAUUCAGGGAUGAUACUGGGGUUUGGAGAAUAAGCUAAUUUUCCAGUGUAUCCAUUAAAGAAUAAGGCUGGUCAUAUUAUAUGUAUAUUUUAUUGUCAACAAAUCCUUUGACAACAACAAAAAAUCUUUAGUGUCUGUC